UGUCAUUGGGACGAAUCGUUACCAAUUUGCAGUGACCUCGAAUUUGACAGAUCGGCUCGCGCUACUUUCAUUUUGCUGUUUGGACUGGGUCGGUAUAUCGUAGUCAUCAAUAUAUAUUCAAGUCUUUUUACGAUUUAGGGUAUUUAGAUUUAGAAAUUCUGUGGCAGUACUUUAACAGCUGAAGAAAUGUCAGACUCCAAGGAGAAAUUACGACUGGUUACCUAUUUGUCACCAGGGAUUCCAGUAGAGAUAUUUGAGACAUUAAUGAACUACCUGGAAGAGGUAACAGGGAGAGAUGCAUAUCUGAGGUACGAGUCAAGAUGGCCGGGACCUCCUGCAGACAGGACCGAUCCUUUCACGGAUAACGAGGUUGAUAUUGGCUUUAUGGAGAGCAGUGACUACCUCCGACUGAUUGAGCAUGGCAACAAAUUUAUAGAAGUUUGUGGUGCUGGAGCAGUCCACGUUCAUCCUAAAAAUUCAGGAAGAGCUGUGUACUACAGUGACAUUAUCAUCAACGCUAGAAACAAGUUAAAGUAUAAAGAGUUACAUGAUCUGAGAGGUCAUACGUUCGGCUAUAGUUCCGGCAAGUCUAUAUCUGCUAGUAUCUGUAUGUUGGAACAGCUGAAGAAACUUGGCUUUAAUGCUUCCUUCUUUGGAAAUCUUUAUGAGUCAGGAUCUCAUCUGGCUUCUAUAAAAAAUGUGUUGGACAGCCAAGUGGAUGUCGCAGCUGUUGAUUCGAACGUUCUUGCUGGUUUCCUGCGUGCACACCCUUAUUAUAAAGAUGAUCUAUGUGUCAUUACCUCACUUGGACCAUUGCCAACAUAUCCCAUAGUACUAAAUACUAGAUUGUCAGGAGAGGUAAGAUCUCAGAUAACCAAAGCUCUCCUAGACAUGAACAAAUCAACCAAGUGGACCUCACAGCUACAAAGACAAGGUAUAUCAGGCUUUGUGUCUAUAGAUUCCUCGCUGUACGAUUUGGAGAAAGAUCUCGUAUCAGCCAUCGGCAAGCUGUCAAUGUCAUCAACAUAUUAUUAAGAUAUCUAUUAUUUACUGUAUUGUUAUGUAUUCCAUGCCACUGUUGAGUGUUCGUCACAAUGCGUUUGUACCGGAUAUUUUUCCUUAUAAUAUAAAAGGGUUUAGCUAUAAUUAAUCAAUUAUUUUACAAAAUUUUAAAACAUAGAAUUGAUGUUGUUUAUGAAAUAUUGUGGUUGAUCUCAUAGAAUGUCCAUGCUUUUUAGCUCACCUGUCACAAAGUGACAGGGUGAGCUUUUGUGAUCGCUUUUCGUCCGGCGUCCGUCCGUCCGGCGUCCAUCCGUCCGGCGUCCGUCCGUUAACUUUUACUUUAAAUGACAUCUCCUCAUAAACCACUAAGCCAAUUUCAUCCAAACUUCACAGGAAUGUUCCUUUGGUUGUCACCUUUAAAAAUUGUUCAAAGAAUUUAAUUCCAUGCAGAACUCUGGUUGCCAUGGCAACCAAAAGAAAAAACUUUAAAUAUCUUCUUUUAAAAAACCCAAAGAGCUAGAGCUUAGAUAUUUGGCAUGAAACAUAUUCUAGUGAGUGUCUACCAAGUUUGUUCAAAUAAAAGCCCUGGGGUCAAAAUUGGCCCCGCCCCAGGGGGUCAUUGAUUUUCCCUAUAUGCAUAUAGUAAAAACUUAAAAAAUCUUCUUUUAAAGAACCCAUAGAGCUAGAGCUAAGAUAUUUAGCAUGAAACAUCUUCUAAUGGGUGUCUACCAAGUUUGUUCAAAUAAAAGCCCUUGGGUCAAAAUUGGCCCCGCCCCAGGGGGUCAUUGAUUUUCCCUAUAUGCAUAUAGUAAAAACUUAAAAAAUCUUCUUUUAAAGAACCCAAAGAGCUAGAACUAAGAUAUUUAGCAUGAAACAUGUUCUAAUGGGUGUCUACAAAGUUUGUUCAAAUAAAAGCCCUGGGGUCAAAAUUGGCCCCGCCCCGAGGGUCAUUGAUUUUCCUUUUAUGUGUAUAGCAAAAACUUAAAAAAUCUUCUUUGAAAAAACCCAUAUAGCUAGAGUUUAGAUAUUAAUCAUGAAA